UUUUCUUUUGCAUGAAAGGAUUGUAUGUUAAGACUGGCCUAUAAACACUUUUGUUUUAGUUAAAUGGUUAACUCUUCAACUCAGCUCUAACUUUUAUAGUUAUAUGUUAAACUUCACUAUCAGUUACUGAGUUUGGUUUUUGUCCGUGUGUUGUUUUAGAUAUUGGGAUUUGUUAUUGUGCUAAAUAAGGUUCUUACCAUAUGCUUAUUAAAUCUCACCUGCCUUGACUUUCUGCAUGUAUUUUUGUCAAAUAGAUGUGUAAACUGAUGCUUUAUUUGUUUUGGGUAUCAUAACUGUUUUCAAGUUUCUUGCUAGUACUAUUCAAAUUUAUGGUAGUUUUAGUUUUAUGUUGUUACCACUCUUCAAAACUAGCCUCUGAUAAAUGUAUUCUAGGAGAUUAUUUAUAAUUGCUGCUCUUUUGGUAAAAAACUUUUUCUUUUUAAUGAGAGUAUUUAUUUACCAAUUAGUUGCUAAGUUAAGAGGAAGGGUUAUGGGUUUGAUUUGUCAUCAUCAUUAAGUAAUUUCUUUCUUCAUAGGUUUGUGUAUUUGGACUAUGUUUGGUACUUGAAAGAAAUUGCAAUUGCCUAAGAAAGGAAUUAUUUAAUUGGCAUUUUCUUCUCCUUAGUAUCACUUGCAAACAAGGGAAGUACCUUUAAAAUGCUUAUCAAAAAAUGUUUAAAUUCUUUUCAAACAGCUAAUCUUUGGUUGAACUUUCGCCAUACUAGCACAUCCUGAGCAAUUUUCUUCUCUGCCCUGGUGUCAACUUCUGUUUGCUCUAGAUUUUUCAUUCUCAAUCACCGGGACUGUGACACUCUUUUUCUGAAACUGCUACUAUUAGUCAUCGGCAUCAUGUUCAUUGUGCUGGCUGGCACAUCUCAAUGUUACUCUUCUCUGAAGUCCUUGUCCAACAAGUUCAGAGGCAUGCUAUGCCAUUGUGGUUCAGAUAAUAAGUACAAUAGGUUGGAUGAAAAGCUUGAAAAGAAAAUGAUUGAGGUUAAGAGAAGUUCAUCUGGACAGAGCAAUUUCAAAUCGGUUGACAGCAUAAUUUUGAGGUUCCCUCAGUUCAAAGCCGGAUUGAAAAACAUCAAAGGUGUAUUUGAACACCAUGAUGAGGACUCUAAUGGGAUUAUUGAUCGUGAGGAACUUAAAAAAUGCUUAGAGAAAUUGCAACUCUCUCUAAAGGAGCAAGAGAUUGAUGAACUAUUCGAUUUUUGUGACAUUGAUGGGAGUGAAGGAAUACAAUUCAAUGAGUUCAUUGUUCUCCUGUGUCUCAUUUAUCUCCUAGUAAUACCCUCCUCGUCUCCUGAUAUGAUUGAAAAGGUGGGUUCACCAGAGCUCAAGGCCACUUUUGAUACGAUAGUUGACGCAUUCUUGUUUCUCGACAAGAAUGGCGACGGAAAGCUGAAUAAGAAAGACAUGCUAAAGUCUUUGAAUGAGUCUUAUCCCCGGGAGAAAUCGCCAGCACAUGUCACCAAGAAUCGAUUCAAGGAAAUGGACUGGGACAAAAAUGGGAAGGUCAGCUUCAGAGAAUUUCUCUUUUCUUUGAUCCGUUGGGUAGGGAUUGAUACGGAUGAAGAAAUUACUGAAAGUAAUGAGAUUGGGACGAAUGAAGAAAUAACUGACAGAGAGUAAAAGCAAGCGCACCAACAUAUAAACAAACGGAGUAAUAGUUCGAAAUGAGUUCAAGGUAAUACAUUUGUAUGUACAUAUAUAUCUAAAACACCUCAAGAAUGUUAUUCGAAACUGUUUUUGUUGUGCCUUGUUUAUGUAAUUUAUAGUUGCUUUUCAAACUGCAGAGAUGUGAACCAUUCAAUAAAAUUUAACUCAGUUUAGUAGUGAUUAGAUUUUUCUUCUUCCAGCAUCUGUUCUUCCAGUUCUCUCUAAACUGUGGUGGAAAAGUUUUGUAUGAGAGGUUUUACAUGUUUCCUAUUCUUCUAAUUCACGUGCCCUUUAAAUAUUGGAGGCUUAUGAAUUCAUUGUGAAAUUAUGUAGCAGUUGACAAAGGAUGAAAUACAGACAAAGUAGAGUAUAAAUGGCCUCUUGUCUCUGUCUGGAGAACAUUCUUUACACACGUUGUUCAACUGUUGAAUGAAGAUUUCAAUCAGAACUAAAUUACAAGCUUUGUGCUUGAACUUUGAAGUUA